GACCGUGGCGUUGUAUCUGGACGGAGAAAGUCAAGCGAAAAAUGCCAUAGACACAAACACCUGCAACAUGAAGACGGCGUUUACCGCGGAACAAAUUUCGGACUGGUUUACCUCCCGGUCGAGCUUUGCUAACGUUAAGCUCACAGAGGAGGUGGUUGAAAGAAAGUCGGAGGAGGCCGCGUCGAAAGAGACCAGCCCACCAGAGGUUCCUGAUGAGGGGUGCCUGAAAAGUUCGAACUCUGAUGGAGGGCGGACUCAAAAAACAGAACAUGCAAAGAGCUCUGCUCCUCCUCCACUUGCCAGCUACAAGUACCCCAGCUUGCCCAUUACCAAAAACAGACAGGAGCUGAUUUCCCUCAUAGAAAACAACUCUGUUGUGAUCAUUCGAGGAGCCACAGGCAGUGGCAAGACCACCCAGCUGCCACAGUACAUUCUGGACCACUACAAUGAGAAAAAUGCCUCAUGCAACAUUGUGGUCACCCAACCACGCAAAAUCGGGGCAACCAGUAUUGCCCGCUGGGUUGCCACACAGAGGAAGUGCACCCUGGGUAGUCUGGUGGGAUAUCAGGUUGGACUGGAGAAGAUGGCUACUGAGCACACUCGGCUCAUCUACAUGACUACAGGAGUGCUGCUGCAAAAAAUGGUUACAGCCAAGUGUCUCACAGAGUACUCCCACAUUUUCGUAGAUGAGGUUCAUGAGCGUACUGAGGAGAUGGACUUUCUUCUGCUGGUUUUGAGAAAACUUCUACAUUCCAACUCAUGUUAUGUCAAGAUCAUCCUGAUGUCAGCCACCAUCAACUGCCAACAGUUUGCAGAUUAUUUCAGCACCCCGAUUCGUGGCAAAAUGAACCCGGCCUACGUGUUUGAAGUGGAGGGGGCACCCUAUGCCAUUAAGGAGUUUUACCUGGAUGACCUCUGCAAACUGUUUCCAUACAGGGUUGAGUCGACUCAUCUAGAUGACCCUUUCAUUUCAGUGGAGAUGUACAAUCUUGCCAUCAGUCUCAUUCAGAGCUUUGAUGAGAUGGAGGGCAAAGAUUCUGAUAAAGCAAAGAAAGAAAGUAUCAUGACUUCAUCGGAGCGGGGCAGUGUGCUGGUUUUCCUUCCUGGUUUACACGAGAUAAACUACAUGCAGGAGGCCUUGGCCAAGCUGGUCCACAAAAGACUGCAGGUUUAUCCUCUCCACUCCACUGUGACUCUGGAGGAGCAGAAUGGUGUGUUUCUGUUUCCUGUCCCUGGAUACAGGAAGGUCAUCCUUUCCACCAACAUCGCUGAGAGUUCAGUGACUGUCCCAGAUGUCAAAUAUGUGAUUGAUUUCUGCCUGGCCCGUCACCUGGUCUGUGAUCCAGAUACCAAUUAUCAGUCUCUGCGUCUCACCUGGGCAUCCAAAACCAGCUGCAACCAGCGUCGAGGUAGGGCAGGUCGGGUGUCUAAGGGCUACUGUUACCGUCUUGUUACCAAUGAGUUCUGGAGAAAUGAAAUCCCAGACUACACAAUCCCUGAGAUGCUGCUUGCCCCGUUGUCCACCACCAUGCUGAAGGUGAAGCUGCUGGACAUGGGCGAUCCCCGCUCCAUCCUUUCCACAGCCCUCUCACCCCCUAACCUUGGUGACAUAGUGAGGACAGUGCAGCAACUCAAAGAGAUGGGCGCACUAUCUGCAAAAAAUGAUGCCAAGAGCUACAGUGAGGAUGGGGAGCUAACGUUCCUGGGCCGAGUGCUGGCCCACUUGCCCGUGGACCUGUCCCUGGGGAAGAUGAUUGUUCUGGGCCAUGUCUUUGGCUGCCUGGAUGAAUGCCUCAUCAUAGCUGCUGCACACUCUCUGAAGAGUUUCUUUGCCAUUCCAACCAUGCAGCAGCUUGCCGGCCACAGGAGCAUGUUGGCCUUUGCCCGUGGCACACCAAGUGAUUCCAUAGCUUUUGUCAAUGCCUUCAAGGCAUGGCACUCAUCCAAAAAGAAAGGACAGCUGAGACACCCAAAGGAUGAAUUAGACUGGGGAAAGGGCAACUUCAUUCAGAUCAAGAGGAUCAGAGAGGUUGCAGAGCUGUAUGCGGACCUGAAGAAGCGUGUGUCCCAGUUCAACAUGCAUGUACAGGAGAGCACUCAACCCAUGGAUUACACCAGCACACACAGGCAGAAGUUCAUCCUUCAGGUGGCCAUUGCUGGUGCCCACUACCCAAACUACUUUGUCCAGGGAGAAAUAGAUGAAGACCUGGCCUCCAGAGAGUUGAAUGGCCAUAACCCCAAAACAACAGUGAUGGUGAGGAACCUGCCUCCAUAUUCUUACCUGUAUUACAAGCAGCUGCAGUCUCUGUUUCGCCUGUGUGGACAGGUCAAAGCCAUGUCCUUUGACAGCUCUAGAGCAUAUGUGGAGUUCUACAAGACAUCCCAAGACUCGGGUGUGCUGCCUGAGGUGUCCCUUGCACUCCUACUGGCACAGCAGACUCCUCCCAUGGAGCUGUCUGUCUUCCCCUUCGAACAAAUAGAAAAAUGUGCUGGGAGUAGAAAUGUAACUCACAUGAAAUAUGCACGGGUGAAUGUAGACUUCCAGAGCCAGUCUGUGUGCCCAGUAGGAGUAGUGAGCAGCACCAUUGACCCUGACAAGCUUCCCCCCAACCGCUUGUUUGUCGUCCACAUCACAGAGGUGGUGGAGGUGGGUCAUUUCUGGGGCUUCAGGGCAGAUGAAGCCAGCCUGGAGAGGCAGCGCCAUCUGACAGCAGAGAUAAACAAUUGUACACUGAGCCCUUUAACUGUGUCUCUCUACCCCAACCUGCUGUGUCUGGCUCCUUACUCUGAAGUCAAUGAGCAGAGCAUGUACUACCGCGCCAAGAUUCUGCACAUGCGUGGCAAUACAGUGGAGGUAUUUUUCUUGGACUUUGGCAACACAGCAGUUGUUUCCUGCAGCAGCCUCAGGGAGCUCCCGUCUGACCUCCUGUCUCACCCAUUCCAGGCUCAGGAGUUCCAAGUGUCUGAAAUGCGUCCUUCAGCCCAGUCCAUCAUACUGGGGAACCAGUGGAGCAGCCAAGCCCGCGAACGGUUCGUCACUCUGGUGAAGGGCCGUUCAGUUAUUGUGUCGCUGUACUCCAUCCUCCAUGGCGUCAUGCGUGUGCAGCUGCUCAUCAACACAGAGACGACAAACACCAGCGUGGUAGACAUCUUGGUGGAAGAGGAACAUGCUGUGAAGGCCGAAGAAAGCUUCGAUUCCAAGCAAAACCAUGAAGCACUGAUGACCCUGUACAAGGACAUGGAAAAAGGUACAUAUGUCCCCAAUGCUGCCAGCAGCUCCUGGAAAGAUCGGAAAAUAGAGGAGAAAGAGCUCAUUGACAACCUGCUGGACCACUUCUCCAAGAGCCGCCAGACCUGUUCCAGGACAAAGGUUCAUCUACAGGGACCACACAGCCCUCAUAAGAUAAACUUCCACAGCUUGAGCCAUAAGACGUUCUACAAGACAGUGUGCAUAGAUAGGAAAAGCAUCAACUACUUGGCCCUGAAUGAAAACCCUCACCACAAACAUCAGAGGAUGCUGGUGGCUGGGACUGUGUCAGUCAACUCUACAGGGACACGCAUUCUACUGAGAGAUACCUCCAUCAUGCCAGACAUCCCCGGACUUCCUGCUCUCGUAACCAUGCUCUUCACUCCUGUCAUGGAGUUACGCACUGAUGAAGAGAGGACCUGCUACACUGGGGCUCUCUGUGGCCUGAGCUGGAGCAGUCAAACACAAGAGAGCAUCCUACCUGAGCAUGACAUCGAACUCGCCUUUGACGUCAAAUUUGAUGUUGAAGAUAUCACUGAGAUAAAUGCUCUGCGUGUGGCUGUAAACCGUCUGGUGUGUGAAGGGCCCAGUGGCACGAUGCAUCUGGGGCCCGACAGGAUCAGCCACCUGCAGGAAGACUGUCGGGACCGCCUCAUAAGGCUGUUCACCAAGUCACCACCAAGGGAAGCUAUCAGUCAAGUGUACUAUGAGAAACCAGGAAAAUGGAACCAGGUGGAUCCUGCUCUGAAGAUGGAUAUUGUCGAGCCUGGAAAAGGAAAGACCAGAGGUGUUCUCUUCCAGCUGCAUCCUGUCGUCCUCCUCAACAGCUAAGACGUCACUGUUCUUCUUGCAUUUGUGUUGAAAUGAAACUGAUUCUAAUGAUGUACUUUAAGAGUUUGGGGUUUUUUUAAGUUUAUAUUAAGAGGAGUAUAUAUUUAGGUUCAAUUGGGAUUGUAGCUUUCAGCAGCACAGCAAAAUCCUCAAUGCUUCAUUUUUGGUUUGCAGCUAUCACGAGUAGUGACUCCUUGUUCAAAUUAAGUGGCUGCUAAUUAAUAAAUGUUAAAGUUCAUUGAUGUGAAACAUCUUGUAAGUACUUUGUAACAGCGCUUCAGCAGUCAGCCAUUAAAAAUACUUGUUUUCAACA